CACGCCGUUAGAAAUAACAUCAAAAUGGACAUUCGAACGUUUUUCAAAAAACCACGGCUAGAAAAUGAUGAGAUAGAAAAUAGUUUUAAUAACCAGUCACAACCAACUGAACCAGCGAGAAAUGCAUCUCCAGAAACAAAUGUAUCAGUGUCACUUCCAGAGAUUGUGCACCAACAUGACAUAGGAUUAUAUGUGAAUAAACCUGCAACUGAAACUAUUGACUUGUUUCCGGGACUUCAAAAUUUGAUUUGGACUCCUCCAGAAGACUAUAAAUUUCCUGUUUCCGAAAAAAGAAAUUUAAAAUUUCAAAGAAGUUGGUUGCUUAAAUAUAAAUGGUUGGCUUAUUCAGCAAUUAUGAAUGGCGUAUUUUGUAAGUAUUGUGUGUUGUUUUCUGUCGGAGGUGGAGGAAUUGGACAUCAAAAGUUGGGACUGUUAGUUAAAAAACCGUUUACAAACUGGAAAAAAGCUUUAGAAUCAUUUAGUUACCAUAACUCACUAGAGUAUCAUAAAACUUCAUUAUUAAAAUCAAAUAUGAGAGCAGAAAUUGAUAACCAAAACAUUUUACCAGUUGAUUUACAAAUUUCGGAACAACAAUUAAAUUUCAUUAAUGAAAGUAAAAAAUGUUUGAUUCCUAUAAUCGAAACUUUAAUAUUAUGUGGCCGGCAGGGUUUGGCCCUUCGUGGUUCAAAUGAUUCAGGGAGAAUAACCUCCGAAGAACCUUUAACUAACGAUGGUAAUUUUCGGGCUCUUUUAAGAUAUCGAGCAAAAACUGACGAUCAGCUUAAUACUUUUUUGCAAAAUUCCUCAAAAAAUGCCAUGUAUAUAAGUAACCGUAUACAAAACGAAUUUAUUGUCAUAUUUCAUAAUUUAAUUCAAAAACAGAUUAUUGAACGAGUCAAUAAAUCUCAAGCUUUUUCAGUAACAGCAGAUGAAACUGCCGAUAUUGCUGGCAUAGAACAAGUCUCAAUAUGUGUAAGGUAUUUAAAUAAUGAUGACGCUAAAUUAAAAAUACGUGAAGAUUUUUUAUGCUUUGUACCUGUAGCAGAUGUAACUGGGAAAGGUUUAUCAAAUGUUAUUUUGGAUUUCCUUGAAUAUUCUGGAAUUGACUGUGCGUAUUUAUUUGGACAAGGGUAUGACGGGGCUAGUACUAUGAGUGGUGAAUUUCACGGAGUUCAAGCGUAUAUCAGAGAAAAGUAUCAUUUAGCUCUCUACUCACACUGUGCUGCCCAUAGUUUCAAUUUGGCAGUUAGUGCCGCAUGUAGUAUCCCCCAAAUUAGAAACUGUCUUGGUACAGUCCAAUCUAUUUACAACUUUUUUAAUACACCAAAACGACAAAUUGCACUUCAUGAUGCAAUACAAAAUAAUGAAACUUUGUUACAAGAAAAGAAAAAAAACUUAAAAAAUACUGCGCAACAAGAAAACAUUUCAAGUACUUGGACAGAUUCAAAAACAACAUCCGGAUCUUUUCAACUCCUUUCAGCAAUAAAAACCUUAGAGUUUCAAGUAUCAAUUCACGUUUUGCAUUCAGUACAUGCAUUGGCUUUAUCAUUGAGUAGAGUUUUACAAACAGAAAAUCAAGAUUUGGUUGAGGCUGUUAAGUUAGCAGAUGCAGCAAAACACGAACUUGAAGAAAGAAGACAAUAUUCUACAGAAAACUUCAACAAAAUUUUUGUGACUGUAGAAGAUAUUUGUAAGAAGUACAAUAUACCUGUGACUAAACCAAGACUCGUAUCACGCCAAACUAACCGUUCUAACAUUAUAACAGACUCCGUAGCAGAUUAUUAUAAAAUUAUUAUUUACAUACCAUAUCAUGAUUUAUUUAUCACUCAUCUUCAAGAUCGCUUCCUCAAACAUCGAAAUAUUUUGUCCAAUUUCUCAUGUCUUUUUCCUAUUGAAACUACAUCUUUAGACAAAGUUGCUUGUAAAACGUUGUUUGAAACCUACAGUUCAAUUUUACACGACGAUUCCCCAGAAAUUUGGAUAAGUGAGGUAGAAAUUUGGCGACGACGACUAGUUGGUAAAAAUAUUCGAAAUGCCCUUGAUGCCCUUGAUAUUUGUAAUGCAGAUGCAUUUCCAAAUGUCCAUAAAAUGUUACGUGUAAUGUCAGUUUUGCCUGUGACUACAACGACUAAUGAAAGGUCAUUUUCUACAUUACGUCGGCUGAAAACUUACCUACGAUCAACAAUGGGCGAAGAUCGCUUAAAUGGACUGGCAUCAUUGAAUAUACAUCGAGAUAUAAACGUGGACAUAAAUCAAGCACUGAAUCAAUUCUUUUCUGUCCCUCGUCGAGUUAAUUUAUUAAAAAAAUGA